CUGGAGAUGGAGAUGUAAUUUGUUAGAUGUUAGAAAUGUCAUCAAGGAUGGAUGGAAUUCUCUAAUUGUGUUAAGACGAGAAAGGAGAAGGAGUUGAAGAGGUCUGCUUAUAAGAGAUGGAACUGUGCUCCCGAGAAUCCCUGUUCAGUGCAACCACUGGAUUCAUUUCAUCUGCCACAAAAUCAGGAGACUUAAAUCUCAUUUUUAAAGCUUAUCUUUUUUUUACAAGCCACCCGCGUGACUUUUAAUAAAAUGGAAGCUGCAAAAUCACUUUAGUUGAGCCCGUCUUACUGGAAGAGUGUAUCAACAUCAGGACCCCUGCAGUUAAAUCCAGCUAUGUUAUCCACAAAAAGUCCCUAACUAAUAUCCCACGUAUUUUACAUGUAUAUAUUUUUAUUAACAUAUUUCGAUAGAAACAUACUCUGGAAAUUUCUUUCUUUAGCGAUUUUAUACAGUAUUGUACAAGAGCAGUCCAUUCGUUUCCUAGGAAACAAGAGAACGAGCAUGCUCUGAGCUACAUCUUAGGCAUACACAACCUGUGUUGACAUAAUGCAGAUUCCUUUGCUUAGACAAAACGUUAACGGUCUAGUUUCCUAAACUGUUGUCAUAUUACGGCUUUGUGCUCGUCAUACCACCCCGAAUUUGGAUCGAUUAUCAUCUGUAAAGCAAAAAGAAAGAAAAAAAAAAACACUAAAGAAAAGACUGCGUUAUGUUAAGCAGGGCACUUCUACACAGCCCGAAUUCCGAGAUUUCCAGUUUUACUUGUUAGUAUUGGCUUUUGUGAUCCUGUGCAUCUUCUCCUGCCUCCUAUUCGACACUGUUCGUGAUUUCUCGUCGUCAUUAUCAUUCCAUCCUUGUCGGUGGUGCCACAAGAGCUGGAAUCAUCUGCUGCCGGGUCCACCAGAGGUGCAGUGUUGUGCUGAAGGAAGAGCUCGGUGCAAAUUCUGUGCCUGCAUGCUUUUGUCAAUGCACUGAGGCAGUGGAACAACAGCAAUACUGAAAGGGGGGACGUCUGCAUUGCAUUGUACCACAGUAUUCCAGUACCUUUGGAGAUAGGACCAGGACUCGGGAAUAGUAAAAGACAUUCCCAGAAAAAAAGAGGUCUUAGUGGUGAAUACUCCAGCCAAUAUGUUCAGGAUCUAACACUUUCACAAAUCUGGCACACGGAAGGGUAAUUUGUGGAGGCUGUAUUUUUAAGGAAAUGCAAAAGAUUAUGAAUAUUUCUGUCUUCCUCGUUCCUAUUUUUUUGGGACUGGCUUUUGGUGCUUAUUCUAACGGCGUACAAAUAGGAGGUUUAUUUCCAAGGGGCGCAGAUCAGGAAUACAGUGCUUUUCGGAUAGGAAUGGUUCAGUAUUCCUCCACUGACUAUAGGCUGACGCCCCAUAUCGACAAUCUGGAGGUAGCAAACAGUUUCGCCAUGACCAAUGCUUUUUGUUCCCAGUUUUCAAGAGGCGUGUAUGCUAUUUUUGGAUUUUAUGACAAAAAGUCUGUAAAUACUAUAACAUCAUUCUGUGGAACCCUGCACGUGUCCUUCAUCACUCCCAGCUUCCCUGCUGAUGGCUUGCAUCAAUUUAUCAUUCAAAUGAGGCCUGAUCUCAAGGGAGCACUCCUGAGUUUGAUUGAGUACUAUCAAUGGGACAGGUUUGCCUAUUUGUAUGACAGUGACAGAGGCUUAUCAACUCUACAGGCAGUACUGGAUGCAGCUGCAGAGAAGAAAUGGCAAGUGACAGCAAUCAAUGUUGGAAACAUUAAUAAUGAUAAAAAGGAUGAAGCGUAUCGUUCCCUCUUCCAAGAUCUGGAAAUUAAAAAAGAAACCAGAGUGAUUCUGGACUGUGAAACAGACAAAGUAAAUGAUAUCAUGGAACAGGUCAUUACCAUUGGAAAGCAUGUGAAAGGAUACCAUUACAUCAUUGCCAACCUGGGAUUCACUGAUGGAGACUUAUCUAAAAUCCAAUAUGGUGGAGCAAAUGUGUCAGGAUUUCAAAUAGUGGACUACGAUGAUCCAAAUGUGGUAAAGUUUAUGCAUAGAUGGGUGACCCUAGAAGAAAGAGAAUUUCCAGGAGCACACACCAGCACAAUCAAGUACACAUCUGCCUUGACAUAUGAUGCUGUUCAAGUCAUGAUGGAAGCAUUCCGUUUUCUGAGGAAGCAGCGUAUAGAAUUCACUAGAAAAGCAAAUGCAGGGGACUGCCUUGCUAAUCCUGCAGUGCCAUGGGGACAAGGAGUUGAAAUAGAAAGGGCUCUGAAGCAGGUACAUGUAGAUGGCCUAAGUGGAAACAUUCAGUUUGAUCAACAUGGAAAGAGAGUUAAUUACACAGUAAACGUAAUGGAGCUCAAAAGCACUGGGCCUAGAAAGAUUGGUUACUGGAAUGAAGUUGACAAGAUGGUUGUUACAGCAACUGAAUUGCCUCUUGGAAAUGAUACCUUAGGGAUGGAGAACAAGACAGUGACUGUAACCACUAUCCUGGAAGCCCCAUAUGUCAUGGAAAAGAAAAAUGUUGAAUCGUUUGAGGGAAAUGACCGCUAUGAAGGUUACUGUGUAGAUCUUGCCUCAGAAAUAGCCAAGCACUGUGGAUUCAAAUACAAACUUACAAUUGUUGCUGAUGGAAAAUAUGGAGCCAGAGAUUCCACAACAAAAAUUUGGAAUGGGAUGGUUGGAGAACUUGUAUAUGGGAAAGCUGACAUUGCAAUUGCCCCAUUAACAAUAACCUUGGUGAGAGAAGAAGUGAUUGACUUUUCGAAGCCCUUCAUGAGCCUUGGGAUAUCCAUUAUGAUCAAGAAACCACAGAAGUCAAAACCUGGAGUAUUUUCCUUUCUUGAUCCAUUAGCAUAUGAGAUCUGGAUGUGCAUUGUCUUUGCUUAUAUUGGGGUCAGCGUAGUUUUGUUCCUUGUUAGCCGAUUUAGCCCAUACGAAUGGCAUACUGAGGAAUUUGAAGAUGGACGAGAUGCCCCAAGUAAUGAAUCAACUAAUGAGUUUGGGAUAUUUAAUAGUCUGUGGUUUUCUCUUGGUGCCUUUAUGCGUCAAGGAUGUGAUAUUUCACCAAGGUCCCUGUCUGGACGCAUUGUUGGAGGUGUAUGGUGGUUCUUUACCUUGAUCAUAAUCUCAUCCUACACGGCCAACCUAGCUGCCUUUCUGACAGUCGAACGCAUGGUGUCUCCCAUUGAAAGUGCUGAAGAUCUUGCAAAGCAAACAGAAAUUGCUUAUGGAACCCUGGAUUCUGGCUCCACAAAAGAAUUUUUUAGGAGAUCAAAAAUCGCACUUUUUGAUAAAAUGUGGACAUACAUGAAGAGUGCCGAGCCCUCAGUGUUUGUUAAGACGACAGCUGAGGGAGUGGCCCGUGUACGGAAGUCCAAAGGGAAGUAUGCUUACCUACUAGAAUCUACCAUGAAUGAAUACAUUGAGCAGAGGAAGCCAUGCGACACCAUGAAAGUGGGAGGAAAUCUCGAUUCCAAGGGAUAUGGCAUCGCAACACCCAAAGGAUCCCCAUUAAGAACUUUAGUUAACCUCGCAGUACUAAAACUGAAUGAGCAAGGCCUGUUGGACAAAUUGAAAAACAAAUGGUGGUACGACAAAGGAGAGUGCGGCAGCGGGGCAGGUGAUUCCAAGGUCAGCCCCAUAAAUCUUGCAGUAUUGAAACUCAGUGAGCAAGGCGUCUUAGACAAGCUGAAAAACAAAUGGUGGUACGAUAAAGGGGAAUGUGGAGCCAAGGACUCUGGAAGUAAGGAGAAGACAAGUGCACUAAGCCUGAGUAACGUUGCUGGAGUUUUCUACAUUCUUGUCGGUGGACUUGGUUUGGCAAUGCUGGUGGCUUUGAUUGAGUUCUGUUACAAGUCCAGAGCAGAGGCGAAACGAAUGAAGAGGCUCUUUGGCGAAGCCAUGAGGAACAGUGCAAGGCUGUCAAUUACGGGAAGUACUGGAGAAAAUGGACAUGUUAUGACUCCAGAAUUUCCAAAAGCAGUGCAUGCAGUACGUUACAUGAGUCCUGGCAUGGGAAUGAAUGUCAGUAUGACCGAUCUCUCAUGAUUGAUAAGAACCUUUUGAGUGCCUUACACAAUGGUUUUAUUGUGCGUCUGUUGUCGAAGUGGUGAGAGGCCUCCAGUAUCUUGAACACAUUUCUUUCAGAAGUGAAUCCCAACAUUUUUAUGGAGUUCAUCCUGAUUCAUAAAUGGGUUGCUUAUAACCACUACCAUAAUUUUAUAUGAGUUGAAGAUGAAGCUUGACUGACAUGCACAGCUAUCAUGGAAGUACUGUAAUCUAACUGAAGUUGUUGUACAGACUACAUGCCAGUUUCUGCAGCUACUGUUGUUGAUUCUUUGAUUCAUACUGACUUAAGCACACUUGACAUCAACUGCAUCAAGAUGUGAAAAUGUUUUAUAGUAAAAAAAAACAAAGGUCUAAAAAAAUUUUUAAGUAUUUUCUCAAAAAUAAAAUGGCUUUUAAAUAAAUUUGCUUCCAUACAGGUUGAAUAUAAACUAGAAAAUUAUAUAUAUAUAAAAGUCUUUGGGAAGUAAACAAAAGUUAUAGUCAUCAAUUCCAUAUUUUUCAAAGCCAAAUAUGUACAUGCUGAGGAAAAAGUUUAGAUCUUGUACUUUAUUAUUGUUAUCAAGGAUUUCCUGUAUAUCUUAUUCUUUAACAUUUGGUGUUAAUAUAAAAAAAAAAAACUUGGCAAUGCUUGACAUUUGAAAUAAAGUUUUCCUAUGGUUUUAUUUGCAAAAAAAA